UACUUUAUUCACCAAAUUUAAAAUAUUCUCAAAUAGAAUUUUCAUCAGAAAAUCUUCUUUAUCUUCAAACAAAUUUCUCCAAUUUAUUCAUACAACAAGUUAUGCUCUUAAAUCGAUUAUUAUCAACAACAAUUAAUAGUCCUAGUUGGCUUAAAAAACGUUGUGGAGAUAUUUUAACAUCAAUAUUAAUUCACCCAAAUAAUCAUGGUAUACGUCAAAUAUUUCAAACAAUUUUCGAUUCAACAACACCGAAUGAUCGUCUAUAUACCUCAAUGUCACAAAUACUUUCAACAUGUCCGAAAGACAUUCAACCUGAAGAAUAUAUUCAACGUAUUAAAUUUCAAUUAAUUGAACUUAUUCAUGAUAAACGUUAUAUGCCUAUAAUAUGUAUAUCAAUAAAUCAAUUAUUUACAAAAUAUCCAAAAUUAAUUGAAAAGGAAAUUUUCUCCAAUUUAUUUCAACCUUUAAUCUCAUGUCAAAAUCCUUUAACUGAACAAAUAUGUACAGAAGAACAAUUGAAUUUAUUUAUAGAUGAUUUAUAUAAUUUAAUAAGUAUAAAUUCAUAUGAACAAAUACGAAUUUAUUUAUAUGAAAAUUAUUUAAAAGAAUUUAUUAAUAUUUAUCUUGCAUUAGAACAAUCAUUAUCAGUAUUAAAAAUAAAGUUUUUUAAUAUUUUAAUAAUUCUAUUCUCAUCGAUUGAUUUGGAAAUAUGUAUUGAUUAUUUUGAAAAAAUUUUAUUUCAUGUGAAUUUUUUUUCAUUAAAAUUUCUUCCAAAUGAUUCAUCAAAUUUUAAUUUAAUUCUUGAAAAAACUUCGGAAUAUUCAUUAGAAAUAUUUUGUCAAUUAAUAAUUAAAUUAUUAUUUUCUAUUGAAAAUAACGAAAGAUUAAUUGUGAAAUUCUUUCUUCAUUUAUUACAAUUAUUAGUAACAGAUAAAAAUUUAAAUCAAUCAUUUAUUUGGACAGAAAAUGAAAAACAAACAAAUAUAAAACAAUUAAAAAUUAUGGAAAUUUUAAAAUAUAUUAUGGAAUAUUUAACAGAACAUAUCGAUAUAUUUAUUAAAAAUGUUGAUGAUACAAUUAAAGUUAUUCAGGUAUAA